AAAUAUCUCAGAAAACAUGAAGUCUGAGCUGUCUUAGAAGUAAAGUUUCACCUAAUGAAGGGUAAAGACUCACAAGGAACAACAUGUUCUAAAGCCAAAGAGAUGGGAUUUGUGUGUGCUUCACAGGCAUACACAAUGCGUGUGUGUGUGUGUGUGUGUGUGUGUGUGCGCGCACGCGCGUGCGCGUGCUGCGUGUAUUGAGGAUUGAAGAGGAGGGAGAAAGGAAAGUCUGCCUAAUCUAUAAUACUUAGGAGUUUGUCUUUCACUUAUGAGACAGAGGAAUGGUUGAGGAUCUUAAAUAGGAAAGGGACAUGAUCACAUUUGCCAACAGUGCCGGUCACUCUUGUGAUACUGUCCUUGGUAGCUUGAAGGUAACAAACUAGGAGGCAGGUGGCUCAGGAUUGGAGGCAGUUGGAGUAAUCCAGACAAGAACUGAUAAGGAGCUAGGGUGUAAAUCAUAGGAAUGAAGAAGAGGGGGCCAUGUGAAGAAAUGGAACACACCAUGCAGCAUUGGAGGUGGGGGGUGGGAACAUUGCAUUUAGAAGGAACAGCCUUCCUACAGGCAUGGUGUCCUGAAAAGACACCCCCUUUCGAUUGGAAGAUCAGCAGUGCACCCAUGAUAGCUCCGUGAUAACACAGCAAAGGGGAGGAUAUUAGGCUUGAAAAAUCAACUGAGGGCUGAUUGUGAAGAGCUUCAUGUGCCAUGCCAAGGAUGUUAUAGCUGAUCUUACUAACAGAAGUAUUUUUAAAUGUUGAGCAGUGCAGUUGGGACUAUAAUUUAGAAAGAUAGUUAACAUUGGGUUGCCAUUGCUCUUCUGAGCACUUGGCAGAGGGUGGUAUGUUUAAUCCUCAUAGUCACGCUAUUAGAUGGAUACCAUCCUUGCCUCCAUGCCACAGAUGGGGAAACAGGCAUAGAGAGCAUAGGAACUUAACUAUUGGCCUCACACCUACUAAACGGUACAGCCCAAAUUUAACCCCUGACACCAGACUCACUCCUUAACUUACACGCCCUAGGUGGUUCCUCCACCGUCACACACAUCAGGACCACGUGUAGCAUUUCGAAGGAUACAGUUGCCUACAUUGACUAAAUCCCAAGUAUCCAGAAGAGUGUUGAGCGAUACUUACUUUGCAAAAGCUUCACCAUAAUUAUGCUGCCCUUUACUCAUGGUCGAGUACGCAGGGAUCCCAGUUAGGAAGUUAGGUCAAUAGUCCAGGCGAGAGCUGAGGGCCCAAACUAAAGCGGUCUCUGGCAAAGAGGAGGAAACAGAUUUAGAGGCUUACGAGGUAGAAUUGGUUUAAUGGGCUGUAAGCAAUGGGAAAGAAUCAGAAUUGAGUCUAAAGAUUACAAAGUUGAGUGUUUACUUAGCUAGUGAUGAUCUCAGCCAAGACAGGAUCUUGGGAAGAGGGGUGGAUUUGGGAGUCAGCAGAAUGAGUUCAGUUUUGAACACUUGGGUUUGAGGGUCCAGAGGUCCUCCCAUUAAGAUGUCUUAGUAAGCGGAAGGUUGCUCUUGGGAGUGCCUGUGCACCCGCCACUGUGUAAGGGGCUUUCCUCACUGUUACCUCACACAAUUUGCCCCUCAAAUCUCUUGAGAGUCCCCAUUUUACAGAGGAAUUCAUAUUGAGUGUAAUUCAGUUUGCAGUGAGCCUUUAUAAAGGCUUCCCCAUCUGUUUCAGCCUGGCGGAUGUGUCUCCUCUCCUGGUGUGUAUGUAAACGUGUGUGUGACAUGGUCAGUACCACAUGUUCCAGCAGGCAAUGAGCAGCAUCCUUGGUCCUCACCAUUCUCCUUGCAGGUUCACAGGGUUCUUGAAGAAGAGAUGCAGUUUUUUUCUGUUUCUCUAUGGGGUGUGAACCUGGUCAAGGACAAGGGGUAAGAGAACAUACUUGAGGCAUAGAUCAUCCGAUUUCAGCCAAAUCUAUUUAGAGCUGAUGGUUGUGGAGAUUGGGGGCAGGGGAUUUAAUAGUGUAAGGAAGUGUUAUGUGUGGGGGGUUAUGAGUGAACUCAGAACUAUUUUCCCUGUGUAUAAUCUCAUGCUUAUACUCAUGUUUGUCUCUACUUCUCUGCCCCAGGUCCCUUGGGAGAAACUCCUUGAGGUGCCCAGGCUGAGACUGGGGGCUAAUGACAGUGUGAGCUCUAGAUGGUGUGAGACCCCUCCCCCCGAGAGCCAAACAAUGGCUACAGCCUUGGAACCAGAGGACCAGGAUCUUUGGGAAGAAGAGGGAAUUCUGAUGGUGAAAUUGGAAGAUGAUUUCACCUGUAGGCCAGAGUCUGUCUUACAGAGAGAUGACCCUGUGCUCGAGACCUCACACCAGAACUUCCGGCGCUUUCGCUACCAGGAAGCCGCAAGCCCUCGAGAAGCUCUCAUCCGACUGCGAGAACUUUGUCAUCAGUGGCUGAGGCCUGAAAGGCGGACAAAGGAGCAGAUCCUAGAGCUGCUUGUGCUGGAACAGUUCCUUACCGUCCUGCCUGGAGAACUGCAGAGCUGGGUGCGGGGCCAACGGCCAGAGAGUGGCGAGGAGGCAGUGACGCUGGUGGAGGGUUUGCAGAAACAACCCAGGAGACCAAGGCGGUGGGUGACUGUCCAUGUUCAUGGCCAGGAAGUCCUGUCAGAGGAGACGGUGCAUCCGGAAGCAGAGCCCGAGUCACCUAGUGAGCUGCAGAACCCUGUGCAGACCUCGACUCCCGAGGCGUCCCGUGAGGAGACCAUACAGAGCCCCAGUCUGGGGCCACCAGAAGAGCAGAGCCUGUGCCAUGAAUUGGAGUUCCAGCCCCUGCAGGAGAGCGAGGUUCCAGUGUCCCAGGACCCAGACCUUCCUGAAGAGAGGAACACUGGAAACCCAGAGAUGGUUGCCCUUCUUACUGCUCUUUCACAGGGAUUGGUAACUUUCAAGGACGUGGCUGUGUGCUUCUCCCAGGACCAGUGGAGCGAUCUGGAUCCCGCACAGAAAGAGUUCUAUGGAGAAUAUGUCUUGGAAGAAGACUGUGGAAUUGUGGUCUCUUUGUCAUUUCCAAUCCCCAGACUAGAUGAGAUCUCCCACGUUAGAGAGGAAGAGCCUUUGGUCCCAGAUACCCCAGAGCCUCAAGAGCCUCAAGAGCCAGAAAUCCUGAGUUUUACCUACACAGGAGAUAGGAGUGAAGAUGAAGAAGAGUAUCUUGAGCAGGAAGAUCUAAGUUUGGAAGAUCUACACAGAUCUAUUUUGGGAGAUCCAGAAAUCCACCAGACUCCAGACUGGGAAAUAGUCCUUGAGGAUGAUCCAAAUAGACUUAACGAAAGAAGAUUUGGUACAAGUAUUUCUCAAGUUAAUAGUUUAUCGAAUCUUCGGGAAACCAUGCCUAUCCACCCCUUGUUAGGGAGACACCAUGACUGUCCUGUAUGUGGGAAAAGUUUCACUUGUAACUCCCACCUUGUUAGACACCUAAGAACUCAUACAGGAGAGAAACCCUAUAAAUGUAUGGAGUGUGGGAAAAGUUACACGCGGAGCUCACAUCUUGCCAGGCACCAGAAGGUUCACAAAAUGGGCACUCCUUAUAAAUUUCCCCUAAACCGGAAGAAUUUGGAUGAGGCCUCCUCUCUGGUCCAGGCUGAGAGAACUCCACCUGUUGAGAAACCCUAUAGGUGUGACGAUUGUGGAAAACACUUCCGCUGGACCUCAGACCUUGUCCGGCAUCAGAGGACACACACAGGAGAAAAACCCUUCUUCUGUACUAUUUGUGGCAAAAGCUUCAGCCAGAAGUCUGUGCUGACAACACACCAAAGAAUCCACCUCGGAGGCAAACCCUACCUGUGUGGAGAGUGUGGGGAGGACUUCAGCGACCACAGGCGGUAUCUGGCGCACCGGAAGACCCACGCAGCUGAGGAGCUGUAUCUCUGUAGCGAGUGUGGGCGGUGCUUCAACCACAGCGCUGCGUUUGCCAAGCACCUGCGAGGACACGCCUCAGUGAGGCCCUGCCGGUGCAACGAAUGUGGGAAAAGUUUCAGUCGGAGGGACCACCUUGUCAGGCAUCAAAGAACCCACACUGGCGAGAAACCGUUCACGUGCCCUACCUGUGGAAAAAGCUUCAGCAGGGGCUAUCACUUAAUCAGGCAUCAGAGGACCCACUCAGAAAAGACCUCCUAGCUAGCUUCCUGUGUGAGGAGGUCUGCAUUCAGCCCUCACCCGGGGAUGGGCGAGGAGAUGCCCUCUUGUCAGCUCGGGAAGACCUUUUCCAGGGAGUUUCCCUGACUUGCCCAGUUCUCCGUCACCUCUUCCCACAGCUAAAUUAAAAUCCCCCUGGCAGAACCUCUCAACCUUCUUCUGCACCUUGAGGAGAUUUUUUUGCCCAGAGUACAACCUGGGUGGAGGCUUCUCCUUGACUGGAGUGUUCCCGCCUCUACCUCAUGGGUGUGAAGGAGGAGAUUUAGAAGACUUCCGAGGUUGUGGUUAUUAUAUUUUGCCCAAAAUAGGCUGUUGCAUAUCCUAAAGACUGCUUCACAGCCUCAAGUAUAAAGUUGCCCAGGACGGCCCUUUAGGUAUGGUAAGGGACCGGCCUCUAGGAUUCUGUCCUUACUGGGCUCAAAUCUUAAAGCACACAGCCCUGAACUCAAGGCAGGAGAUUUGCAUCCUCAUGGCUCUGCCACACACUCACAGGAUAACUACAAAUCUCUCACUGGUUCACUUCUUCACCAUGCACUUUCCUUUGAUCCUGGGGAGAGAUGGGAGAAGUGUCUGAUGGGGGAAAACCUCGAGGCUGUUUCCCGUGGACCUUGUCAGGCUGCUCCCUUACCCAUUGCCAAAAUACCAGGUGCCAGACCCUGCUAGAAAGGAGGACCUAGUCAGAAGCCUCUUUCCUUGUGGGAUGCUUUCCUGUUAGAAUACUCAUGCCCACCCUUCUUAGUGUUCUACGAGCCUCUUGGUUUUGCCCCUAGCACUUCUGCAAAAGUGAGGCGCAAGUUGGGUGCUGGGGGAGUCAGUUAAACCGUGAUAUCAUUUACAUUCCCACACGUGUACAAGCCCACCCCUCCUGCCCUCUUCACAUGGGUUUGUGAGGGGAUUUUGGAACCAUGUCAGCUUACAUAGGUACUAUAGUAAUUACAGAGUCAUGAUUGAUUGGGUCACUUCCUUUAUAUGAGGAACAUGAGAAGACCUGAGACCAAACUGUGGAGCAAAAUUUUUAAAAGCUGUUGCUGCUGGCGAAGGCCAUCAAGACUAUACUGACACCCAGCCCCUGUCAUCCCCGCCUUGGUUCUCUGAUAUCAGGGGAAAUUAGGAACCCCAGCACCUGGGACCCUGAAGAAUUUACCAGGAGUAAAUGGCUUUCAUGUAAUUGCGUUGUUUGCUUUUUCUUAUGUGAUCUCAUUUUUAUGUAAUUAAGAACUAAAUAGUAUUAUCUCAUGACCUGAUAGUAGGAUCUCUGUUGCCUGAUAAAGGUUCCUUGGAGAUGAGGUUGAAUAAUUAUGAACCUCACCUGCUCUGCUUGUGGGAGUGGCAAGGACUGGAUGAGCGUCCUCCAUAAGUGGAGCAUAGGGUAUGGGAUUAAAGCAUGAGAAGGGAGAUUGUCUUCUGUGCCUGGUUUCUUCAGCUGUUUCUCAGUCCAUUAUGUGCCAGUGUGUACAGAGAAAAUGGGUGGGAUAACCCGGCUCAGCCCUACCAGCUCGACAAGGCAAUUCUCAUUUUGGUCACUAAUGAUCCUCCAGUUGACCAGUUUUGCUUUGAUACCAGUCAGUCAUUGUCCUGGAGAUAGACACAUAUGUAAUAAAUAAAAGUAACACCGGCAGCCACGUUCCCUGGUUUCUGGAACUUUGCAUCUUACUCAGUUCCCAAGGCUUCGGGUUCCAGGUAGUUCUGAACAUCAUACACACAAAGACAUCAGAGAGUACAAAGUAGUUUUCCACGGUGCUGGUCAUGGUUAGCAGAGCCAAAGGGAAUAGAUGGCAAACAGGUAAGAUCUGUGCCUGUGGUUUGCAGAAGACACGCCUAAUGGGCAGACAUUUCUGAACCCUAGAUCUGAAGGCUAAACAUAUUUGUGCUGGUGAAAUACAGUCCCAAGAGAUCAUUUUUCCUAGCUCAUAUCAAUUACGGGAGCUGAUAGAAUUCUGGAGGUUAACAGAACAAAUUUGUUCUAACAGAGCAGUGACUUUGUUCACUGAUUUACCUGCGUUACUGCAGUAAGUGAGAAACUGUCAAGAGAAUUGUACAUGAGGAAAAGUGGGAGACUGGUCCAGUUUGUUGGAACAUCAAAUAGUUCUUUUAUUGCCGAUCCCCUAGCAAAGUUUCAUAUGCUGACACUGAAUCUCUGCUUGAGGUUCAUGGAGGGGCAUGCUGUCUCCUAAACCUGAGCAUGAGCAGAACUGAAGAUUGCAGCAGAAGGGCCUAUGCAAGAACCUGCAGUGAGCAAGAGACUACAGCUGAACAGGGGCAGGUGCUGGGCCGCAGGUUACCCUGAAGGGGUUCCCUGUAGAAUUUUGUGAACGGUUGAAUACUGGUGUUCUUGAAUACCAUACUAAAUUAAAGUUUCUAGAGAAUAAAGAGGAUUUUAAAAAUAAUACUUGGAGGAAGCUAUAAAGUACUCUAAAUCAACAACUCAAGGAAAUUGGUGGAUUGUUGGAAAUUAAGGCACAUGCUAGUCAAGUUAUGAAAUUAAAAUAAUGUUUGAGCUUUUGGCCAUUUAGUUUAGGAAUAACCAAGGAAUAUUCAGCCUCUUCUCCAUCUCACUUACCCAAAAGAAAGAAAUGGAAAGAGAUCAAGGCAGAAUAUAUUUUUAUUAUCUGGAACUUAGGCGUCAAAGUCUAGAGCAGAAUCUAGUGAACUCCGAUGAACCCCAUGGAGAGUUCAUUUGGUAGAUCAACAUCAAAGUACUAGAACCAAAGCAAGCUAAAAAAUGCUCUUUCUCCAGAGCCCAACUCAACAGAAGGAUCUAAUAGAACAUGCAUUCUUUUCACUGCGCAGCAAAAUGGUGAACAAGAAAACACCCCGCUGAGUCCUGCAAAGUUGGCAGAGACCAUUCACUCCAAGCCUCACAUGUCAGAGCAACAACCUCUAGAUCGCCCUCUGGCAUGAGGAAAAUAAGCUAGUGUGCACCCCUUGCCGAGCCAUUUUGAUUCACCAAGCUCCCAGGAAGGACAACAACCAGGUGAGAGUUAAUUUGACCCUGUGAUGGUUUUGGAGAACAAAAGCUGUACUGAGAAAUAGUGAAUUAUUAUAUGCCAUGCACAUGAAUAAUUUGGUAGUGUUCCACACAGAUAUUUUUUAGUUUUACCUCUAAGAUCUCCCUCAGCUGACCAAAGUAUUUCUUCCAGCCACAAUAACUUUCCCUGAGAGAAAUACAUAAUUUUUUUUCUGUCUCCUUAAAUUUCUAGUGAUGUUGGCCAACUGACCCAUUAAUCUGAUUUGUAGGGGAGGAACAGACUAAGAGCGAAAAAAUGGGUGCCCUACCCAUGUACUCCCUAAACUGCUUUGGCAGAAUUCAAUUGUUCUCAAACACAUUGAUGAACACAUCUCCUUUUAGGUGGAAUAACUUGAUUCCUCUUUGGGGAAGCCCUAAGAAGCUGGCAAGGACAAGUUUUGGUCUCUCCUUAGAUAUCAGUCCUUGUAAAUUAUCCUCAAGAAAAAGAAGAAACAAAGACUUCUUGUCAGGGCAGCAAAAGUAGGGAUAUCCUAUAAUGAACGGUUCCUGUUCUUACUGUAUGUGUAUGUUCAUGGAAGUUUCAGGUAAAAAGGGAGAAGAGGGAAUGCAAUUUGAUUUUUUUAAAAGCACAGACUAGAUUAUUUGUAAGGACAGGGGCUCUUCAGUGGAAAUUGGGAGCUAAAGAACAGAGCUUAUAUUAAAGACUUCCAGAAGCAGAAGUAAUAGGUAGCUGGAGCAAAAAGACCCAAUCCUCUGCAAAGGUGUAUGAAAAAUAAUCUUUGGGUGCCUGGGUGGCUCAGUCGUUGGGCGUCUGCCUUCGGCUCGGGUCAUGAAGCCCCGCAUCGGGCUCCCUGCUCUGUGGGAAGCCUGCUUCUCCCUCUCCCACUACCCCUGCUUGUGU